GGGAGCUUGAGGAUUUCAGAAUUGGCGAGGCACUGGGAUUGAGGUUUUGAAUAAUCAAUACAACGCCGUUAUACCCUGGUGCAGUGGGGGCCCAUCCAUGGGACAGGUCUUGGACAAAUUUCAAGGGAAGGAAUGGAGGCAAAGACAGAUAAGAAAGAUUACUGAUAAGGUGUUUGAUCAUAUAAAAAAUGAUGAUGGAAGGGCUAAUUUGACAUUUGAAGAUCUAUAUAUUGCUGUCCUACUUGUGUACAAUGAUAUGAAUAAGAAGUUGCCUGGGCCUCAUUUUGAUCCCCCCUCCAAAGAGCUUGUCAGAGAGAAAAUUCAGGAGUGUGAUAUCAACUUGGAUGGAGAAAUUGAUCGUGUAGAAUUUGGGGCAUUUAUUCAGAAGCUAACAGUUGACACAUUCAUCACGGUUAGUCAGGGGUUACUUAUUACUUUGGUUGUGGCACCAACAGUUGCAGUCACGACAAAGAGGGCAACUGAGGGCGUUCCAGGAGUGGGGAAGGUGGUGCAGCGGUUACCCAAUUCAGUUUAUGCAUCCCUCAUCACUCUUGCAAUUGUGCUGUUCCAGAGAUCAAGCUACGAGGUGGUGUAGAUUGGUUUGUUUCUUUUUAGUUGAAUUGUAUGUUUGUGUGUAAGAUGACUGAUGUUUGUUUCCAGUUAAAAUUUAUAUUGCAUACCAGAUACUUGCACCCUGGUAGUUGUGUAUACAAGCUUUUAUAAUGAUGUAAUUCUCUGUGGCUGUGUGCUAUUCACGAAUAAAUGCUUCCGGUAUUACUAUUAUUAUUAUUAUUAUUAUUAUUAUUAUCA